CCCCCCGCCGGCCCCGCGCCCUCCCCAUCGCUUUCGGGAGGCAAACGGGGAAACUGAGGCACGGAGCAAUAGGCGGGGCAGCACCCGGGGGUGUCCCACCCCCCGCUCCCCACCGGGGGGGCCCAGCCAGGCUUCGGGCGGCAGCGCCCACCCCAGAGCGGGGCCCGCAGCUCCGGGGCUCGGGGGCCGUUCCCGGGGUACCGAGGCGAGGCGGGCGGCACUAGGACCCAGCAGCCGGGCGGCGCGGAGCAGCCCUCGCCGCAGUGGCUCCAGCCCCGAGCAUCCCCCGCCACCCCGGGGACACCCCCCAGCCCCGACCCCUCCCCCGGCCGGAGCGGGGACCCACGGCCUCGGGCCGGCUCCAUGCAGACCCCCAGGCUCCACCUCCCCCCAGGUACCUGGGGGCUGCAACUGGGGGUCCAGCUCAGCGCUCAGGGGUCCUCCAGGCUCCUGCCCCCACCAGUGACAGCUGCACCUCCCCCAGGUACCCCCUGGCUGAGCAGCGGGGACAUGAGCGGGGCUGGGGGGCACCUUUGGGUACUCUGAGUGCCCCCCCACCUGCAGACCACCGAGGAUGUGACCGUCUGGCGAUGCCCGGCUGCGCCGCGCUCGCCGCCAGGCCGGCGGCACAGGAUGGAGCCCUUCCUGCCCUCCCCGUGGGGCUGGAAUGGCUCUAGAGGGGGGGCCCGGCCCCCCAACAGCACUGCCGAGGCCAAGCCCAAGGACGCGGCCUCCAAGUCUGUGGGACUGUUCUUCAUGGUGCUGCUGGACCUCACGGCCAUCGUGGGCAACGCCGCCGUCAUGACGGUCAUCGCCAAGACGCCGGCGCUGCGCAAGUUCGUCUUCGUGUUCCACCUGUGCCUGGUGGAUUUCCUGGCCGCCCUCACGCUGAUGCCGCUGGAGAUGCUGUCGGGCUCGGCCGUGUUCGAGAGCCCGGGGCUGGGCGAGGCCGUGUGCCGCGUGUACCUGUUCCUCAGCGUGUGCCUCACCUCCAUGUGCAUCCUCUCCAUCUCCACCGUCAACGUGGAGCGCUACUACUACGUGGUGCACCCGCUGCGCUACGAGGUGCGCAUGACCGCGGGGCUGGUGGCCGGCGUGCUGGCCGGCGUGUGGCUCAAGGCCGUGGCCACCUCGCUGGUGCCCGUGCUGGGCUGGUUGUCCCCUGACCGCCCGCCGGCACCCGGCGCUCACGGCUGCUCCUUGCAGUGGAGCCGCGGGCCAUCCUGCAAGGUCUUUGUGGUCUUCUUCGCCGCCUUCUACUUCGUCCUGCCGCUCCUCAUCAUCGUCGUGGUUUACUGCGGCAUGUUCAAGGUGGCGCGGGUGGCAGCCAUGCACCACGGCCCGCCGCCCACCUGGAUGGAGACGCCGCGCCGGCGCUCGGCGUCGCUCAGCAGCCGCUCCACCAUGGUCACCACCUCGGGGGCUCCUCGCACCACCCCGCAGAGGAUGUUCGGCGGGGGCAAGGCGGCCGCCGUGCUGCUGGCCGUGGGCGGCCAGUUCCUCUUCUGCUGGUUGCCCUACUUCUCCUUCCAGCUGUACACGGCGCUGAGCACUCGGCCCUUGGCCGGGCCGGCGGCUGAGACUGUGGUCACCUGGCUGGGCUUCUGCUGCUUCACCUCCAACCCCUUCUUCUACGGCUGCCUCAACCGGCAGAUCCGCGGGGAGCUCGGCCGGCUCCUCACCUGCUUCUUCAAGCAGCCCCCGGAGGAGGACCUGCGGCUGCCGAGCCGCGAAGGCUCCAUCGAGGAGAACUUCCUACAGUUCCUCCAGAGCACCGGGCGCCCACCAGAGCCCCCCAACCCCGAGCGGGACCUGCCCCCUGUGGAUUUCCGCAUCCCGGGGCAGAUCGAGGAGGAGGCGGCCGAGGCGAUGGAGUGGGGUGCGGGCAGCGGGGUGUUCGUGCCCGUGGCGGGCUCUGCCAAAGCGGGGCUGUAGCGUUUGGGGGGGUUUGGGGUAAAUGUGGCUGUGAGGGGAGAGAUGGUCACAGUGACUUGUUGAGGGGGGGCUUCGUCACCGCCAUGGAGGGUCGGAGGUCCCAAAAUGCUCUCUGGGCUGGGAGUACCACACUGCCGUGGAGGGUGGGGGUCCUCACUGCAGCCACGGGGAACUGGGGGGUCCACAAGGCCAUUGGGGUGACGGGGUCUGGGGUCCUGGCUGCAGCCGUGGAGGGCUGGGGGUCCCAUGGCACUUGCUGGAGUGGGAGUGACUCUCACUGUUGUGGGGGAUUGCGGGUCCCACAGCACUCAUCGUGGUUUGGGGGGGGUCUCUGUCACCACAGCGGGGGUUGGGGGUCCUACAACUCUUGGUGAUGUGUGUGGGGUCCUUACUGCCGUGGGGGAUUGCGGGUCCCACCGCGCCCAUCGGGGUGUGGGGGUCCCCACUGCUGCCCUCGCAGGUGACGGCGGGGGUCCCACCACCCUCGCUGGGUUGAUGCCGGGGGUCAGCAGGGCCGCCACUGCGGGGAUCGGGGGUCCCGUGGCACCACCGCGGCUGGGGGGCAGCAGCUGGGGGCACAGGCCCGGUGAGGGGCCAGGGAUGA